AUGACUCUACCUCCACCCAUGCGCGGUUUUGAGGACUUAGGUUUUGAGAUAGUUGAAGGAAAGGUGGUUUAUUGUGGUGCAAAGGAGGAUGAAGUUGAUUCCUUUGGAGUUUUUGAGCUUGAGGGAGAUGUAGAUUAUGUUGAUCGUGAUUGUGAACUUCAGCAUUCUUCGAUUUCCGAGUUUGAUCGUCAUUGUGAAGUUGUUUUUCCGUCUUCUACUGGAUUGCUGAAUUCAUUUGUUGAUCAAUCUUAUGCAGCGGGUACUAGUGAUGAAAUUAUGUUUGAAGAGGCAACUAAAUCAGAGUUACUUUAUAAAGAUUUUAAUUCUGAAGAAGAAGCUUAUGAUAUUUAUAAUGAAUAUGCUUUUAAGCAUGGAUCUGGGAUUAGAAUUGAUAAAAGUAAAAGUCGAAAUGAUGGCUCUUUGAAGAUGAAAAGAUUUGUUUGUUGCAAUGAAGGUUGGAAGGAUGAGAAGGCAAAGAAUAAAAGGACUUAUGAGAGACUUAAUAUAAGAACUGGUUGUUUGGCUUUUAUUCAGUUUAAGAUUGAUCGUUUAGGUUUAUGGACAUGUACAAAGCAUUACAUGAAACAUAAUCAUCAUAUGAUUCCUCUAGAAAAGAGACAUUUGUUAAGGUCUCAAAGGAAUGUUUCUAAAGAAAAUUUGCAAUUCAUGUCUACAUUGAGGUGUAGUGGAGUUAAAAUUUCUGCAGCCUUGAGGGCAAUGAAAAAGGAUGUUGGUGGCUCUCCUAAUUUAGGAUUUACAGCACCGGAUGCCUAUAAUUCUUUAUCUGCUGAAAAACGAGCUUUACUUGAUGGUUGUGACAGUCAUCAAUUGAUCAAAUAUUUUGCUAAAAGACAACUUGAUGAAGCUGAAUUUUACUAUGACUUUGAACAAGAUGAGGAUGGGUGUUUAGUUAACUUUUUUUGGCGUGAUGGUCGGAUAAAGAGAGAUUAUGAGUAUUUUGGAGAUUUGCUGGUUUUUGAUACCACGUAUAGGACAAAUAAAUAUGGAAUGAUUUGUGCUCCAUUUGUUGGUAUGAAUCAUCAUGCUAAUAACCUCAUGUUUGGUAUGGGUUUUAUUUUCAAUGAGCGAACCGAGUCUUUUGUGUGGCUUUUUGAUACAUUCUUGAAAUCUAUGGGAAACAAAAGUCCUAUCACAAUUAUGACAGAUCAAGCUCAAGCUAUUGCAGCUGGUAUUCGGAAUGUAUUUCCUCCAAGUGUGCAUCAUCGUCUUUGUGUUUGGCACAUUGAGCAAAAUUCUAAGAAGCAUAUUGGGGCUUUGAGAGCUUUGGAUGGAUUUACAGAUUUGUUUGGUUAUUUGCUCAAGUAUUGUGAAACCCCUGCUGAAUUUGAACAUUUUUGGAAAAGAAUGUUAAUGAAAUAUAAAUGUGAAAAAGAUUAUUGGUUGUGUGAUUUGUACAAGAUUAAAGAGAUGUGGUGUCCAGCCUAUUCUAAGAAGCAUUGGUCUGGUGGUGUUUUAUCAUCUCAACGAAGUGAAACUACAAAUAAAUCUGUUUCGGAAAGGCUUAAUAAGACCCAAGGUUUGUGUGACUUCUACCAUGUUUUUCUUGAUGUUAUCUGUGAGUGGAGGAGCAAAGAGAAUGGAAAUGAUUUUAAUACAUUGAGGGGUAAUCGUCAUCUUGCUUUUGCUCAUAUUAGCAUUUUAGUUCAUGCUAAGUCUUUGUACACCAUUCAAGCAUAUAUUAUUUUUGAAGAGGAGUUCAUUAAGGGUACUGCUUAUGAACAUUCUGAUGCUGGUCUUCAUUUUCCUGAAUAUUCAUACCAUUUAUCGAGAUCUGGUAAAGAUAAGAUUAGGCAUGAAGUUGUUUUCAACAAGGAAACUCAUGUUAUGUUCUCAUUCUCUUCGUGUAUAUCAUUUACAUUGUGUACCUAA